AUGUCGCUCGUUUCGGGAGAGAAGACGAACUUCCAGUUCAUCUUGCGUCUUCUGAACACCAACGUCGAUGGCAAGCAGAAGGUUAUGUACGCCUUGACCAAGAUCAAGGGUGUCGGUCGCCGAUACUCCAACCUGGUCUGCAAGAAGGCCGAUGUCGACCUGAACAAGCGUGCCGGUGAGCUCACCACCGAAGAGCUCGAGCGAAUCGUCACCAUCAUCCAGAACCCCACGCAGUACAAGAUCCCCACGUGGUUCCUCAACCGACAGCGCGACAUUGUCGACGGCAAGGACUCCCAGAUCCUCGCCAACGGCGUCGACUCCAAGCUGCGUGACGACCUCGAGCGCCUCAAGAAGAUCCGCGCCCACCGUGGUCUCCGCCACUACUGGGGCCUCCGCGUCCGCGGCCAGCACACCAAGACCACUGGUCGCCGUGGCCGGACUGUCGGUGUCUCCAAGAAGAAGGGUGGUUAA